GCGGCACGAGCAUGCUCUUCGAUGAAGCGUAUCGUCCACAAGACUCUCGUCACUUCAGCAUACAGGCCAGCAGCACGUUCGUUCCUGAGACCUCUAAGAAGUUCCUCUUGACCUACGCCGACGGGACUGUCCUGAAAGGAUUCCGAGGGUUGGAUGUUGUGCAGCUGGGCAACUUCCAUGCGCAAGCCCCGUUCGGAGUGAUCACAGACUGCAACUCACCAGACUUCAACGGAGUGGAUGGCAUUCUUGGUUUUGGUCUCCCAAAGGAUGGCAGUGAAGGAGCCGACCUGCCUCGACCGGUUCUCUUCGCAUUGACUGAUCCGACGGCAAAGGAUUCCAAUGCUGGAAGCUUGCUCCGUAAAUUCUCCUUCUUCUCCACCGACACGGCAGCAGAGCUCCAGCUGGGAGGUUAUGACCCUGCAUCGUGUUCAGAGGUGAUGCUCUACACUCCCUCCUUGUCCUCCUCGGACUUUGUGGUGGGAGUGACGUCGCUGUCCUACGGUACCCCAGGAGGAAGUGACCAUAUCGAGCUCUUGAAGUUCAAGAGUCCAACAGGAGGAGAAUAUCUUCCCGCCAUCCUCGACUCGGGCACAUCCUGUCUGGUUAUCCCUGGAGACAACGUGUUCGGAACGCUGUCCAACAGCCCGUUCGAUGACUUUGCGAACAACUGGAAGGAGAACACUUCCUUCUGGAUCACCUUUGGAGGCAGGACGUUUGAGAUCCCGUACAAGUCUUGGUUCUUGAGCAGCACACAGGAGACGUGCGUACAACCUUCACCGGACGGCAUGGUUGGCAUCUUAAUUGGGGACGUGUUCUUCCGUCAGUACAUCGUUGAGUUUGACAUGCAAGACAAUAUCAGGCCGAUCAUCGGGGUAGCGAAACUGAACGCUCAGUACACACCUGUGAAGAGCAACGAGCUCGACUACUUCAAGCUGCAACAGGCUCCACGUGCAAAGCUGCAGCUGCUCAAGGGUGAGGAGACUAUGUAUCCGGCGGAGCACAGUACCCGUCUCGAGGAGGUGGAUCAGAUUCCCAUUGCCAACAACAUGGGCACACAGUACUUUAUGGAUCUCUCCAUCGGCACUCCCAAGCAGCCCUUCACCGUCAUCUUCGACACGGGCUCUGCCGUCUUCGGCGUCUUCUCUUACAAGGACAAGCUGCCCGCGAACAUCAAAGCCCAGCUGACGGCUCACCCCUACGUGAGCAUGCGGAUCGACCCGAUGAACAUUCUCAUGCAGCGGCCAGGGGAGGUGAGAGACUCGAAGAAGCAGCAGGUGCAGGGGCAGGCGGUCUCGCUCGCCAUGGCGGCGACUGAGAUCAGGGGCGGGCCCGAGGGGAGGAGACAUCAUGCUCUGGCAGUAACCAUGCUGCUGUGCAUGAUGUCGAUGCUACUUGCGGUGGUACUGGCUUACAGGAAAGCAGCCCUGCAGCGAAGAACAAGGAUGGUCGUCGAGCUGCCUGUAGAGUAUCGCGGCGUGAGCCGUGACGACGAAGUCUAG